UUCAGGCGCGAGUUUUGUGUAUCGUCACAGACAUUUCAAGAAGAGUUUCGGGAUUUGCUGUUAUUUUAUCAGCACUAGAAGUUUCAAAAAUGAAUGAAAUGACCUUCCCCUUGUUUCCCGCGGAUGUGAUAGUUAAUUUCUAUCGAACAGAAGUGUUGUUUGGUCAGGAGGCCAAACAUUUUAGUAAGGGCGAUCUGAUUCCUGUUCCCAAGCCAGAGGUGAUCCAGACGCUGUACAUGAGAGUGUUGCAUCUCCUGUAUCGCUUCAGACCCGAGUGUCACUCCAUGGUCCCACUGUUGGAGAACAUUCAGAACCCUCACCAUCAUGAGGCGGCCGUGACCAUCACCAGUGUCUUCGUGCGCAUGCGGCAGUUUCUUCCCGUAUGCUUUGUGCACGAUUUCUCCCUGAGUGACCUUCUAACUCCAAAGAAGCAGAGGACCCUGAAUGUUCUGAGCGCCAUCAUGAACUUUCUUCAAUUCAGGAAGGAGAGGAUGGGCAUGAUCAACGAGAAGCAGUCCAAACUACGGGUGGACAGGGAGCGGCUGCAGGCUCUCUCCAGAGGCAAUUUAGAACUAGAGAAGAAGAUUGCGGCGCUGUCCGCCUACCCCCCGGAGCUGCAGGCGGAGGCUGACGAGCUGGCAGCGGCGCUCGUCGAGCUGAACACCAGCACCAUGCACGAGUACCAGGAAGUGAAAAUCAUAAAUGAAGGCAUCGCCGAGUGGAAAACCAAGAUUGCGGAGAAGACUCAGAAACUGUCCCAGAUGAAGGUGGACGUCAGCAACCUGAAGGAAGACAUCGCCACACUCCGGUCUAAUAUCGUGGAGUCUCCGGAGGAGCUGAAGAGUCAGAUGGAGAAGAUGAAGGAGAACAAGAACAACAUCAAGGAGUCCAUCCAAGAAACGGACGGGCGGGUGGUGGAGCUGCAGAACAUGGUGCAGAGCGUGACUCACAUGGAGGGGGAGAUCCAGCAGAUGUUCAACCUGCUGCAGGACCUGGAGAGCAGCAUGAACAACAGCAAGCAGCGGCAGGAGGAGCACCAGGAGCUGAAGGCUCUGUACGACAAGAAGCAGAAGGAGCUGAAGAACCUGUGCAUCGAGGAGAGCCAGCUGAAGCGAACCCUGGGCAUGAAGCUGGACAAAGAGUCCAAGCAGAACAUCCGGCGGCAGAAGAGGAAGGAGAUGAAGGAGCAGCACGUGCAGGAAAUGAUGGGGGAGUACAACCACAUUCAUCAGAAGCGCGAAGAGAUGGCCGAUAAGAUCCAGGACAUCUCCAGGGAGACGCAGCAGCUGAAGGCCAAGAUCCAGAACCUGAGGGACGUGUGCAGCAAGGAGACCAAGAAGGCCCAGGCUCUGUUCGACACUCUCACCACGUCUCUGGACGAUAUGCACCGGAGGACGGAGACGCAUGUGAUCGAUCAUAAUCAGGACAUCGGCAAGAUGUCGGCGGUCCUUAAGAGAUAAUUUGACUUUAUUCCUCGUUCUCACCUUUUCUAAAUAAAGUGUUUCAGUUGUGUUAAUAAAUCUGUUGAAUUCA